UCAAGCAUCAAUGCCUUUCCACCAAUUCUACACUCCCAAAGGACUCUAUUCGGACGCCGAGAAAGCGGCACUCGCCAAGGGUAUCACUGCGCUCUACGCAGCCCCGCCGAUCUCCCUCCCGGAGUUCUACGUCGUCGUGGCUUUCAUCGAACUCGAGCAGGGCAGCUUUUUCGUCGGCGCCGAGACCAAGCGCGCCGACAACAUGGUCCGCAUCCAAGUCGAACAUCUAGCGGGGAAAUUCCCCGUUGGAGAAGCCGGAGUCGCCAGCAAGCGUGAUUUCAUAGCGAGGUACGAGGAUAUCAUCAAGCCCUACACCGCUGGGCGCGGUGUCGAUUGGGAGAUCGGGGUCCAAGAGUGCGAUGCCCAUCUGUGGCACCUCAACGGCAUGGCUCCUCCCCCACUUGGUAGCGAGCAAGCGGAACUCUGGAAGAAGGAGAACAAGGCGAUCCCCUAUGUAGCGGAGAAGACUGUUUAG